GGGAUGCAGGAGUUGGGCGGAGAAGAAGGAGGAGAGAGGAAGCCGGGCUGGGCGAGGACGCUGAGGGGUCUCCGGCCGAUCCUGGCGGGGGGGGCCGUCGUGGUGGUCGUCGGGCUCGUCACGGUCCUGUCGUAUGGGUCGGCGAGGGGAGGGGGGGAGGUUGCCGGGGUCGAGAGGGGGGUCGCCGGGGUCGCGCCCAAGCUGGGGGCGGUCGCGGAGGAUCUGGAGUUCGACGACUUCCUUCAGAAUCGGUUCGGGGCGAGGUCCUUCGCCUCCAAUGCGUCCUGGCUCUCGGAUGUGGAGCUGCUGUUCCUGAACGGGAACCGCGACCUGGCGAAGUUCGACGUCACGACCGGCACGGAGACCAUCUUGGUUCCGUCGAGCGUUCUCAUAUACAGACAUUCCUUCUCGGCGCUGUACUUCAUUUACGACAUCGAGCGACAGCAGGUGAUCAACGUGACGCUGCACGGGUCGAAGGAGGGGGGUCGGCCGGAGUUCCAGCCGGGUGGGCAGCCGUAUUUCCUCCUGGCCAGGUGGGCACCGGGCCAGGACCGGCUCGUCCUGGUCUUCGAGAACGAUGUCUAUUACCGGCCGGAUCCGAGGGAGAGUCGGGAUUUCCGCGUCACCGCGGACGGGGCGGUGGAUGUCUUCUAUAACGGCGUCGCGGAUUGGGUCUACGAAGAGGAAGUUCUCGGUGCCUCGAGCGCAGUGUGGUGGUCGAGGGACGGCAGGAAGCUGGCUUUCCUUUCCUUCGACGAUGCGAACGUGCCGCUCAUGGAGUACACGCUUUAUAAGUCUUACAGCGCCGAGAAUCAGUAUCCUACCAUAGUUAAGAUUCACUAUCCGAAGUCGGGGAGAGAGAAUCCGGACGUGAAAGUUUGGGUCGCCGACGUGGAGGCGCUGGAAGCGAAUCCGUCUUCGGAUUUUAAGACUUCUAUCGUUCCUCCGCCUGUCUUCCAGAAUCAGGAGCAUUAUAUCACGGGGAUGUCUUGGUCGGGAAAUUCUCGCUUGGCCGUCAAUUGGCUCAAUCGACAUCAGAAUCACAGCGUGACGACCCUCUGCUCCGAAUCGAAGGAAGGAACACGGGCUUGGUCCUGUCCCGUCGUGAGUCCAUAUUUUUUCUUCGACCGAUUGAUCGAGGAAUCGGUCCUUAAUUGCACGGUUUCUUUCGAAUUCGAUGCCAAGGACCUCGAGUUGAGGAACAACGAAGGAUGGUUCGAGAUCGAUGCGCCUGUUUUUUCUCCCUCUCCCGAUUCCUCGGAUUACCUCAUCAAGUAUCCCCAUGAAGGCUGGAAGAAGCUCUUCAAGGUCUCGGCGUCUAAUCCUCAACCUCUCACUCCGGUUGGGUUCGAGGUCACCGGGAUCUAUAAAUGGGACGUUGGCAAGGAUCGGAUAUAUAUCCAGGGCGUGUACGGGGAUGCGUCGUCCAAAAGAGGCAUAUAUAUGAUAGAAGCGGGUGUCAUGACCUGUUUGUCAUGCUCCACACCAGACGAAUGUUCCUCUGCCUCUGGCUACUUCAGCCGGAAUGCCUCCUAUUACGCCCUCCAGUGCGCGACGCCCACCACCGUCGCGAACCUGGUGACCAUCAGGGUGACGGAAAGCGGGGAGGUGCUGAGAGAGUGGCUGUCCAGUCAGCAUCUCGUGGAUGAUCUCAAUAACAAGAACCUCCCCGUCGAGAAGAACUUGGAAGUGGACGUGGCUGGAGGGUUCAAGGCUCAAGUUCGCCUCUACCUCCCUCCUGGUCUCGACGAAGCCGGAUCCACCAAAUACCCGAUGAUCGUUGAGACAUAUGCAGGUCCCAAUUCCAAAAUGAUCAUGGACGGAUGGAGGGGCGUGAAUUGGGGGACUUAUCUCUCUGGGACCGAAGGUAUCAUAUACGCCAUGAUCGAUGGAAGGGGAUCCGCAAACCGCGGUGAACAACUCCUCUAUCAAUUGUAUCGUCGCCUCGGUACUGUGGAAGUGCAGGAUCAAAUCGAUGUCACCAAGGCCUUGGUUCGAGAUUUGCGAUACAUUGAUGGCACUCGAGUGGGAAUCUGGGGAUGGAGUUACGGUGGUUUCACGACCGCCAUGGCAUUGGCGACCGAUACCGGAGGUGCCUUCAAGUGUGGCGUCUCUGUCGCCCCUGUCACCUCUUGGCUUUAUUACGAUUCCAUAUACACGGAGAGAUAUAUGGGGCUGCCGACUCCAACGGACAACCUGGCCGGUUACGAAGCCGGGACCAUGCUCAAUUCUGAAAGAUUGGAGAAUUUCCGCAACAAGGAGUUCUACUUGAUUCACGGGAAUGCAGACGACAACGUCCACUAUCAGCAGUCCAUGAUGCUGUCGAAGGAGCUCGAGCUGAAAGACAUCCUCUUCAGGCAGCAGAGUUAUCCGGACGAAAACCACGGGUUGGGUUCGGUCCGACCCCACGUGUAUCAUUCCAUGUUGGAGUUCUGGAAGGAGUGCUUCAACCUCGCCUGAUCGACGUGCCGAGAUCCUUGUUGGAAAAAAACUCAAAUCCACUAUCUACCAAAAAUAUAUUAUUGUUUCCCUGCGAAAUUUGUUUGUCUCGUCUCGACAUUUAGGAAAAGGCUCGUGACGAAAGUGACGAAUUUCUUAGUU